AUGAAAAAAAUAUAUAGGCAAACGAAAACAGACGAAAUAUUUCAAUCGCAGAAAAACAAAUAUCAUCAUUUAAUAAACAAAAAUCACAUAUAUAAUAAUAUAUAUUUAAAUUUGGACGUAUAUGAAAAAUGGAGGAAUCUUACAAUUGACAAAGAUGAAAAUAAGCACUGGAAUGAGAAAUCGCUAAAUAUGGUACUGAAUGCAGAUGCUAAUUUAAUGGACAAGGAAGUAAAGAAUUUACUAAGAAGAGGUAUUUCUGAUUCCUUAAAACAUCUAAUAUGGUUGCGAUCAAACGACGUAAAUUAUUUUGUCAUUAAUUUUCCGCAUUUUUAUGAAACAACCAUAUAUAAUACAUUCGGUGAAAAAGUACCUACUAAUUUAUCUAAUGAUUGUCCAACCUUUUGUGGUGGAAUUUUAGGGUUACAAGAGGACAUAAUGUGUGUUCAAACAAAAAUUGAAGAACUUGAAAUUGAGAAUAAUGAUAAUUGUGGGCAUUUCAAUAUUAAUGAUUCUACUAGUAAUAUAUUGCAGUUACUAUUUAAUCAUCCAAAUGAUAAUGAGAAAAAUAGUGACAAGUAUUUAUUACCUGAACAUAACUUUUGGUUAGAACCCAAAACAUUAAGUACUCCAAAUUUCGCCUUUAGUAAUAAAAAGAAAAAAAAGAAAUUUUUAUAUAUAGAGAAUGUAAAAAAUAAAUUUUUGAAAAGUAAAAAGAUUGAUCAAUAUUUAAGAGUUGCGUCUGAUUCCGUUUUGCCUUAUUCCAAUAAUUUUAUAUUAAAAAAUAUAUCCAAUAAAUUUUCUAAAUAUAAAUCUAAUAAAAAUAUUGAAAAGAAAGGAUUGUUUGGUAAUAUACAUACUAAUAUAAACAUUUUUAAUAAUAACAAUAGUAAUAUGGAGAAUUAUGAUGAAAAAAAAAAAGAAGAAAACAACUCAACGAAUAAUCAAGCAAAUAAAGAAAAUACAAUAAAAUUGUCUAAUUGUAGUGAAAGUGAAAAAAAUAUUCUUAUCAAAGAUGAUAUUAUUAUAUUUCACAACACAAAUGAAGAUAAUGUGAAUGAUAAUGAAGAAGAAGAAGAUGAUGAUGAUGAGGAGGAGGAGGAGGAGGACGAGGAGGAUGAAGAUGCAAAUGUUAAUGGAAAUAAUAAUGGUGAAAAUGAUAGAGAUAAUAAAAAGAACACUUAUUAUCAUAAUCAUCCUCAACAUGAUAUACAAAUAUCAAACACAAAUAAUAUAAAUAAUAUUCAUAAUAGUAGUAUAUAUAAUAAUAACUUUGAAAGAGAUAGUUGUAUUUUUACAAAUAAUUAUGAUAUGCCAGAUUCUAAUAAAUAUUUACACAUCCAAUAUUAUAUGAAUGAACAAUAUAUUAUAAGUAAGAAACAAGCUGAGAAAAUGAAUAAAGCAAAAUUAUAUUUAAGAUCCAAAAGAAAAAAAAAAAUGCACAAACCAAGAGAUAAUUUAAGAACAAAAAGUUGUCAAGAAUCGAAUACUAGUAUAGGAGCACAUGGUUCUGAUAGCUCCUUAUCAAAUUAUUCUAAUGAAAAAACAUUAAAUGAUGAUAUGGAAUCAUUUACAUUAAAUAAAGGUUCUAGUUAUAAUCGUACGAAAAGUUUUUUCAAAAAAGCUUUUGGUACUAAAUAUACACAGCCUAAAAAAAAUGAACGUAAAUUGUCAGAUCAUAUUUCUUUAUUACUUAAAAAGACAUUAAAUGUUGAAAAUUGUGAAAAUGAUGAUAUAUUACCACAUAAAUAUUUGGGCGAUUCAUUAGAUGAAAGGUAUAAGAACGCUAAAAGAAAUUUUGCUCAAGAAAAUGACGAAACGCAUGGAGAAGAUAACGAUGAAUUAACGGAUGAAGAAGAAGAUGAAUUAGGAAAUGAGCAAGGAGGAAAUAAUAGUCAAAGAAAAAAAAAGAAUAAAAAUAAAAAUCAUACUGAAUAUAAAGAAUUAAAUGAAAAUGAAAUAAAAGGAAAUAAUAAGAAUAUAAUACGAAAUAUGCAAUAUGGCUAUCAUAAAUAUAAUAUGGAAUAUAAUGGAAAAAUGUACGUUGGAAAUUAUGAGAAAGAUGAUAAUAAUAUUGUAAAACUUAGUGAUUAUAAUUCAAAAGAGAUAGAAAAGAAUGAUUUUGGUUCUGUUGAUUAUAAUGAGAAAGAAAUACAUAAUUUAAAAGGUGAAGAAAAAACAUAUAGGAAAUCUAUUUUGGGUAUGAUAAAACAUAUAUUUUAUAAAAAGAAAAAAGAUAAUGAUGAAGAUUCUUUAGAUAAAGAUAUAAUGAAUAAAAAAUAUAUAAAUACAUCAGAAAGAAAAGGAGAACAGAAAUCAAAUGAUUUUACAUAUAAUAUGAAAAAUAAUUAUAUAAACGAUAACACGAAUAGUAAAUCAUGGACAAAACACGAUAUAGAUAAAAGGAAUGGUUAUAAAAAAUAUAAUAUGCAUAUAAAUAAUAAACAAAAGAUAAAAAGAGAAAAUGAAAUCGAUGCAUUUGGUGACACAUUAGAUGAUUGUAAAUGUGAUUUAAAUGAAGAAGAAAAGGAUAUUAAUGGAAAAAAAAAUGAUACAAACAAAAGUUCCACAAAUGAUAUAACAAUGGAUAGCAAUAAUAAUAAUAUCAACAAUAAUAACAAUAAUAAUAAUAGUAGGGGUCAUACUUAUAGCAUUAUUAUUAAUAAUGAAAAUAAUACUAAUAUAGAUUAUUAUGAUAUAGUUAAUGGUACAUAUAAUAAGAGCAAAACGAAACAUAAUAAUUAUGAUAAAAGUAAUAACACGUAUCAUAAUAAUUAUAAUAGUGGUAAUAUUUUAAAAUAUAAAAAAAAUAAUAAUGAUGAAUACAAUGUUGAUAAUUAUUAUCGUACUUUAGAACGAUUAAGACAUUAUUCUUGUAAUGUACAAAGAAAUAGGGAAUAUGAAGGUGAAAUAAUGCAAAGAAAUGCAAGUGACAAUAUAUAUAAGAAAAGUUAUUUAUAUGUUGAAAACAAUAAUGAUGAUUUUAGGAACCAAAAGAAAAAUGAAGUAUUCGAAAAUGAACAGAAGGGAAAACAUAUGGAUAAAGAAAAUAAUGAUAAUGAGAAAGAUAAUUUAUUAGAUACUCAUGAUUCUUUUAUUAGUGAUUAUGAAAAUGGUAUGGACAAUCUUAAACUACCUUCAAGUCAUGAAUUAAAUGAUGAUGAUAUAAAGAAAAAAGGAGAAAAGAAAAAAAAGAAAAUUAAUUUUCAAGAUGCUUAUGAAGAAAAAGAAGAAGAAAAUGAUUUGUCAAAUAAUAAAAAAUCAGAUAAGAUUUAUUAUUAUUAUAAAGACGAUAAAAGUGGAGAUAAUAAUAAUAAUAAUAAUAAUAAUGAAAAUAUUGUUGAUAAUGGAAUAAAAGAAUCUUCUGGUGGAGAAGAUGUAAAGAAUGAUAUGAAUAAUUUAAAUGAAAAAGAAACAAAUAAUAAUAUGAAAAAAUAUGGUUUACCUUUAAAUAAUAAAGAAAAUAAACAUUUAGAACAAGAAUUGUAUAACAAAUUUUAUGAAAAUAAAAAUCCAAAUAAUGCAUAUCCAAAUGUAUAUAAUUUAGAUGAUGCUACCGAAUUAACAGCAUUAUUAAAUGAUGAUGGGAAACAUGAAAUAAGGAAAUUAUUGUGGGCUAUUAAUAAUAAUUUUGGAAAUGAUGUAGAAUUUGCUCCAAUAAUACCUAAUUUAUGUAUAGUGCUGUUAAUAUAUUUUAAAGCAUCUGUUGUUUAUUGUAUUAUACAUUGUUUAAUAAAGAAAGGUAUCGAUAGUGUGCGAAAUAAACAGUUACCUUUUUUUAUAUAUAAAAGAAAGGAUUUUGUAAAAUAUGUCAAGUACAUAUUAAAUGCUUUUAUUCAAUUUUUGCCUAAAUGUUAUCAUUAUUUAAGAAAAUUAAAUUUUGAUUUAGCUGCAUGGACAGCAAGAUGUAUACAAGAUGGAUUUUCAAGAAUGUUACCUUUUGAUUUUGUUUUAAGAAUAUAUGGAAUAUAUUUAUUUGAAGGUCAAAAAACAUUGUGUUUAUAUUGUUUAGCUUUAUUAAAAUUUCUAGAAAAUGAUAUAUUAAAAUGUACUAAUAUUGAAGAAGUAGAAAAUAUUUUAUAUCAUAUAUGUAUGCAUCCAUAUUUAGAUAUAAAUGAACUAACACAAAUAGCUUAUAGAUUUAAAUUAAAAAGUAAAGAAAAACAUUUGAAAUUCUCAACAAAAUGUCCAUCUCCUUAUUUAAUGAAUGUUAAAUUGAAAACAUUUUAUAGACCAAGAUUAAAUGAUAAUUCAACUCUAAUUAAUUCAUUUCACUGGGAAAAUAUAUGGGAAAAAAUUCCGAGUAAUAUUAGAUCACUUGAUCCCUUCUUAACAUAUGCUACAAAAAAAGAUGGAUACAAUUUACAAAUAUUAUUAGAAAAAACAGAAAGAAAUAAAAAAAAACCUAUGAUACUUAUAUUGAAAACAUUUGAUUGUGAUUUAAUAGGUUUCUUUUGUCCAUUUUCUUUAAAUAGAGAUUAUAACUUUGUUAGUACAUCAGAUAAAAGUUCAGCUUUUGUUUUUACAUUUAAUUCAAAUUUUAACUUUUAUAAAUGGUCAGGCAAAAAUAACACUUCAGUAUUAAUUAAAGACGGUAUCUAUAUAGGGGGUAAUGAUAUUGCUAUCUAUAUCGAUAAAGAUAUUAAAGUUGGAAAAACAAAUCCAUCUGACUCUUUCUUAUCACCUCCUCUAAUAACAGGUGGUAAUGAUUUUAAUAUAAUGGAUAUUGAAAUAUGGAAUUUGAAAUAG